AUGCAUGUGGCCGUCGACCGUCUUCUUAAAGAAAUGAACGCGAGGUUUUUCCGGUUGCACGAUCUUGACGCUAAAUUUGGCUUCAUUAUCGAUGUCCAGUUUCUGCGUAAUGGCAGUUUUGCGGAUCUCCGGACACGUUGCAAUACCUUUGGAAACGUCUACAGCAACGAUAUCGAUGCAACCGAACUUUUCGAAGAAAUCCUCGAUUGCAGAAUGCUACUUGCAGGUCGCGAACACCUCCAAAUAUCAAAUCCUGAGGAGCUUCUCCAAUUUAUCGUCCAAUAUGAAGAUGAAAGUGUGUUCCCUAACCUUCGCGUUGCGAUACAGAUUCUGCUGACAGUAGCUGUUUCCAUUGCUGGUUGCAAGAGAUCCUUCAACAAGCUGAACCUGAUCAUGUCCCCCCUGCGAGCUUCUAUGACACAAGGAAGGCUCCGUGACCUCGCGUUGCUGGGCAUCGAACGAGAAGAAGUCAUAUCCAGAAGUGAAAUGAAGAAGUUCUAA